CGUCAUCGAGUAAGCAUUGGAAGUGUAACAUUUUAUAAUUAUCAUUGUAUUAAAGUUCAUAGGCCUUGGAUUGUGAUAUAGGAAUGCUGUAAUUAUUUACCAGAACCAUGACAUUCUACUGGAUCUUUAUCAUCACGUUCUCCUGGAUCGGUACUGCCAGCCUCCAGUACAUAAACACUGCAGACCCGGCCAAUGAAGCGCUCAUGGAACCGCUCGAGUCGCUUGAUCACUACCCACCAUUACCAUACAUCAAUUACUUCAAUAUGCCUUCUCCCACUAAUCAUUAUGAAUCUAUUCAAAAUGAUAGCCCUGCAGAACACAGUCAGUUUUUUGAACAAGGUCAAGAUUCUACGGACGCUCAACGUAAGAGGCGAACUGCUGAGGAAAUGCAAGAUGUUACUGAAAAAUACUGGCCGCCAAAUUUAGUUGAUAACGAUAAAACUUUGUAUAUGCGCAACGAUGAAAGAGUAAACCCAGUUAUUGUUCCAUCAUUUGCUAGUGGAUCUGAAGGAAAUUCUACUUAUAAAAACGAGCUGAAUUCGGUAGAAAAACGAAGUUUCAGUCCAUGGGGAGGUAAGAGAGAUAAUAAUAAUGUUGCCGAGCAUACAUGGACUUGGAAAAGGUCCAUCGGUAUCCGAGAACCAAGCAUGCCCAAGCGGGUUAGAUUCAGCCCAUGGGGAGGAAAACGAAGCGGCCAAAUUAUAUACAAACCAGGUACUAAAGGCUCAAAAAUAAUAUUUUCUGCCUCUGUACCAGAACUGACUCGAAUAAUAUCCAAUUAUUUGCCAAACGGUAAUAGCUUGGAUGUAGCUGGUUAUCAGUUUAUACCAUCGCUGGACAAACGACACCCCAUUAAGAUUUUGGCUUUAAGCACUAAAAUGGACGAACGAACACUUCGAGAUGCCUUGCCGUUUAACACUUUUAUGGAAUCCAUACCGAGAAUCUUUAAGCCCGGUCACCCAUAUUUGGAUAUCAAUUUGAAAAAAGAUGGGAAGAGGAAGGUAAAAUUUAGUGCAUGGGGUGGCAAGAGGUCUCCUCCCAUCAUCGGACCUAUCUGGACACCCGCAGCGCAAGACAACAAAGAUACAACUUUGGACACGAUAGUAUUAGUUCGAAACCAAGAAGAAGACUCCUAGGUCUAGAUAUAAUAACUUCGAUCAAGCUUUUGGCACACGGUAACUGUGAAAUUUUCUAAUACUCAAAUAAACCUGUUAAGAAGCAUUACAAUUACUUGUUUUAUGUAAGUGCCAUAAUAUAAUAGUCUUAUAAAAAAGUCUAGCAGACUAACAUUCAACAAAUAAAACUGCCUUUGACAAAGUGGCUGGGUUUGUCAAAGGUGAUUAUGGCAUUGUAGCCACAUAUAUAUAACAAAUAGUAGCCAAUUGUUGUUUUCAAAUGUACUGUUAAAUAUUAUAUUAGUAAUAAUUAAAGGCCAAAUACAUUCCUGUAA